AUGUCGUCCCGGCUUUCGUUCUCGACUGUCUCGCUUUCGCUCUCUACUACCAACACCACGACUUCUUCGACAGGUUCUUAUCAGACGCACGGGUCUGAGGACGACGAGAGUUUUCUCUCCACCGGCGGGUCCUAUCACUCUUCAAAAACAUCGAAAAAGCUGUCAAAAAAGGAAAAGCAGCUUCAGAAGCAGUUACAAAAACAGGAGCAACAGCGACAGCAGCAGCAGCAACAGAAGCUUCGAUGUCUUUGCUACCUUGACACCUCCCUCGACAACCAACUUGAUAUUCAACAAUCUCAACAACAACCGCAACAACCACAGAAGCAGCAGCAAAAUUCCUCCCAAAAGUCUAAAGGGUCCUCAAAGAAGGAGAAGGAGAAGGAGAAGGAUAAAGAGGCGGCAGGUCGACUUAGGAGGAUCUGGAACGAAUCGGUCAUUAAUUUCCAUCGGCCAAAACCCGCAGGAAGUAAUGCCAGUCGACAGUCGCUUUCGCCUUCGCCCUCACCUUCGCACUCCUCCUUAUCGGGAUACCAUCACACCACCGUUACUGGAGCAGCAGGAGAGACUUUGCAGCACAGUAACAACUUGCAGGUGAAUGGCGGAGUGCCGAUGAGGCACAGUCUGAGUGGAACGGAUAUCUCAGAUGAGGGGAACCAUUCGCUGUCAGAUAUUGAGGAUGAUUUAUUGGAGGGCGAUCAGUUCCGCCAUCUGCGCCAUGGGACCACAGCGACGCCGCCAACCGGCAACAACGGUGACUACAGUCAUAAUCGUGUGUCAUUCCAGGGACCUUAUGGAGCAUCAUCUACCAAGGCCUCCUCAUCUGCUUCUGGCGGUACGACCUCGCGACCCAAGGACGAUCUCAAGGCUAUUGCCCGCUACCAGGCGGAACUCAGUCUUCAACAGCACCAAGAAGACGGAUCUCCCGAGAACAACCAUACCGAGGACGAUGACUUUCGGUACAGCAUGAGCAUGGACGAUGAUGAAGACCAUGACCGUGUCCUGGCAUCCCUUCCCCCUCCACCACCCCCAGUCCUCUCCUCCUUUGGCAACCACAUGCCCGAAACCAACGAAGAAGACGACGAAGAUGAGGACUGGGACUACCAAUCCGACUCUGGUGCUCCCUCAUCCUCAACGCUCAUGUACUCUGCCAGCGUGCGCGAACCCUCCUGUCAGUCAACACUCGCCCUGCCCAUGUCGACCAACCCCGCCCACAACAAGGCGUACCUCAAGAAACCUUCCAAUGCCAACCUGUCCUCCCUCCGGUCUCGCCAACGGUGCCUUUCCCUCCCUGCGGACACCGUACCCCCCAAGGGCGGGUUCUUGAAGAUGUCUUCGUCGACGCCGAGUGAGAACUGGGAUGAGGAUUUUGAUAUCUCUGCGGAUAUUCAUGUGCCGACGAAGGUUGUUGAGAACCAGAUGUCGCUGCAGAUGGAUUUGUAUAAUAUCAAGGACUUUGCCUCCCAGAUCGAAGAUUUGAAAACGCUGAGGGCGUCGCUGAGGAUGGCGUCCAGCUCGCUCAAGGCGACCAACCCAAAGAAACACCAAGACCUCUCAGUGCUCUUCCAACGUGACUGGGAACAGGCCGAGGUCAUUAUCGAUCUUGGGGAGAUUGCUCAAACCAGCCCUACCACCACUUCUCCUCCUGGCGCAUCAUCGGCUCUUGGAUCUUCGGGCAUGAAGGGAUCGGAACCCAGUCUUGCGAGUCUUUCGACUGGUGCUGUGGGUAGUCUGUCGAGCAAACCGUCGAUAGGGUUCAUGCCUCACCGACCGGCACUUUCAACUUCUGCGCCUGCCAAUAAUCAGCUGGAUGAGCCGUCGACGUUCCAGUCGAUCCAGCAGCAGCAGGUCCGAUCUGAUUCACAGUCUUCGAACCUUACAGGAUCGACACUUGUGGCCUCGGUGUCAGAGGACACCGAGAGCGACACGUGCCCGUCGACCAGGACUUCUUCUCGUACCUCGUCCUCUUCCUCCGCAUCGGCGUCCUUGAAGGUUGGUAUCGAGGCUACAGUUGAAGGGCUGACCAUCUCCCAACAGCAGGCCUUAGCGUCUCUACAGGGCACUACAGGAAGGAAUGUCGUUGGAGGAAUGAGGAUGAGGCAGGCGCCGUCGAUGGCAUACAUGAAGGAGAGUUGUAGCAGCCCCGCAGGACUCGGACUCUGCGCAUCUCCCAUGACACCCCUCCGCAUCUCUACCAACAACCGAAACUCUACUUCCUCGAACGAUGAGGAUUACGAUGACUAUGAUGACGAUGACCUGGAGAUCAAGUACGAGAACGCGUCGAUUGGGUUAUUGAGGUUCCCUGAGGGCGAACAGCCGUUGUAUAAAGGGUUCCAUGGUAAAGAGGACUCGUCCGCGACUGUCAAGCCGCUGUCGCCCCGUAGUCCCAAGGAGGGAGGUGGGAAUGGGUUCCAGGCAGAUAUGGAGGCGUCUUUCCGGCGGUACCAAAAGUAUUCCCAUUACUCCAAACGCCGCACAACCGGCGGCCUUCCCCACAACAGUCGCCGCCCCGCCAACGAGCGCUACGAGCAGGAAUUCUAUGACGAAGAGGAGGAAGACGAAGACGAAGAAGACGACGGCUACGAGAGCUACGGCUACGGCGACGGAUCCUCGUCCAUCGGAAUCUUCACACCCAUCCCCUCCGACCGACACAUGCAAGUCCUGAAGGAUAUCUUGAUGGAGGGUUUGGGGACGGAGGUGGCGAGGCAGUAUAUGUUUAAACAGGGGGAGCAGGAUCAUGUGCGGUUCUCGGUGGAGGUGAUUCCGGGGCUGUUGGGGCAUUUGAAGGGUCUUCAGCAGCGAUUGGGGGAUCAGUUGAUGGAGUUGCAGAGUUUUACUGUUAUUGUCUGA